AUGGCUUCUGCUGCUUCACCUUGGUCCACAUCCACCGGGCGCCGUGAAUCCUCUGCAGCUUCUACGAAACCCAAGUUCAUUGCCGAGAUAAAACCUCUCCUAGACUCCCUGGAAUCUUCUGCCUCGGAUCCGGACAUCCUUGUCCGUCUACAAUGGCUGUCAUUGCUCAAGCGCAUUCUUGUGGACUCUCCCGAAGCUAAAGAUACGUUUCGAGCUCUCAAGGGGUUCAACUACUUGGUUUCGGCACUCCAUUCCUGUUCUGGGUUCUACACCUCCGAAAAUCGUACGGAUGAGGAGAAGAACCAUUUCACAGAGCUGAUUAAAUGCCUUUUCGGUGUAAUCUCGGAAGCUCUGCUCAACCAUCCCGGAAACAAGCGGUUCUUUGCCAGGAGGAUCGGCUGGGACAGUCUGGAGCAAGGUCUUGCCGCGACAGGACUUCCCACCGAGGCGCCGGACCAAUUAUUUGGACUUGUCUUGGCUUUUGCGAUGGACGAUGCUACAUUGUCGGGUUUGGUGGUAUCUGUUAAACGAGGGUUGGCAUCGGAUGGUAGAUCCGGAAAAGAGAAGAAUGUGGUGGACAAAGUGCGGGCUAAAGUUAGAGGAAGCUUCGGUUCUAAAGAUGUGCUUGUGAAUGCAGAAAUCACUCCAUUAAUCCUCAGCUUUCAAACAGCGAUGACGCGGACAGAAGAGUCCAAGGUUACAACAGUUGCCGUUUUACAAGCCCUAUUGUCUAUAGCUUCUUCGAGCAAAUCGAACCUAGCUGCCAUGCAUUCAACAGGCAUAUUAAGCACUAUUAUCCCACGGUUAUGGGACGCCUCUGUUCCAGAAUUGGAGCGGGCCAUUCUCAAGGAGUUUGCUCAGUAUCUCAUGCAGCUUGGGAUAAAUCACCUAGACGAUGCCAAGUAUCUUUACAGGCGGGCUAUGACAGAUGAUUCUGUUGCGUCUUUCCUGCUUCAAGGUCUCAAGAUCUCACGGACACCUCCCCACGUUCAGUUUGACCUUUCACUUUACGGGUAUGCAUCCAUGGAACUUAGUUCUAUAGGCCGUUCGUUCCCUCCUACCCACACGAAUGGUUUCACUUUCUCUGCCUGGAUUUGCAUUGAUACCUUUGACCCUACGACGCAUACCACUAUUUUCGGUGUCUUCGAUUCAACACAGCGUUGCUUUGUUCUAGCUUAUAUAGAACAAGACACUCGAAAAUUCAUUCUACAAACAUCUGUAGCAUCGCCACGAGCAAGUGUUAGGUUUAAAUCGACUGUUUUUGAACCCCAUAAGUGGUAUCACAUUUCACUUGUGCAUCGGCGACCUCGGACCACUUCGGCAGCAAAGGCUGCUCUUUAUAUUGAUGGCGAAUUCGUAGAACAGGUCAAAGCAACCUAUCCCCAACCCCCACCAACCUCUUCAACGCCGGUUCAGGUUUUCCUUGGAACACCAUUGGAUUUGUCGCCUCGUGUUGGCGAAGGGGUAGUCUCAUCGAGAUGGAGUCUCGGAACUGCCCAUUUAUUUGAGGAUGUUCUCUCAGAUGAUCUGAUUGCGGUACAUUAUCGCCUUGGACCUUGGUAUUACGGGAGCUUUCAAGAUUGCCUGGGGUCUUUUCAGACGUAUGAGGCCUCCGCAGCAUUGAAUAUGCGCAACGAGCUUAUGCACCCCGGAAAAGAGGAAAAGAGCGAUAUAAUAUCUGCUAUAAGGAGCAAGGCGUCAGCUAUACUGCCGGAAGCCAAAGUGUUGCUCAACCUUUCCGCACAACAAGUUCUUGACGACAAAAAUGAUAAUAGCAUGGACGAGUCUCAAUUAGUAAAAGCUCUUUCCCGACCUGCAUUAAAGAAUCUACAGUCUUUGACGAGAGCGGGAGCAGUAGCAAUUAAUGGAGCAGUUCCAUCAGUGAACGAAGCCUUAUGUUUAACGCAUGGAGUAGCAAUUAUGACUGGUGAGCCGGUUGUCAUUGUUCCACAAUCCCUGGAUGAUGCCGCUUGGUCUAUUGGCGGCGCAGCGGCUGUGGGUUUAAAGAUGGUUGAGGUUGCGAAGACCGCAAAACAAGUUUGCAGGGCCGUGGAGAUUCUUUUUGAAAUUACAAAAGGCUCUUGGAGGAAUAGUGAGGCUAUGGAGAGAGACAACGGAUUUGCGAUUCUAGGACAUCUGAUUCGGACAAAGGAAGGAAAGAAUAUUAUUGGCAAGGAUUUGCUGAGGGUGAUCUUGGAAUUCGUGGGGUUCAAGCAUGACGCUCCGGAGGAGAGUUUUAUCAUCAAUCCUCUUGCAUAUAGGAUUCUGCUUGUUGAUUUUGACAUGUGGAGGAAAGCGGAUUCAGAAACCCAAAAAGAAUACUUUGCGCAGUUUGUGACGUUUUGUAAUGGGAGCAAAUACCAUCAUUUCAAUUCCAAGAGGUUGUUCCGUAUGCGGAUUGUCAAGAAAUUGAUAUUCGCUCUUAAAGGUGAAGUAUUCUCCCGUGAGGUGCUUCCCGAUUUUAUGGCCGCCUUCAAGACACUUGUGAGGACGAAUAUGUCUGCGGAUGUUCUCCGAUCUCUAGCUCUCUUCAUCACCUACUCAUUACACAAAAACAAUCCUGCAAAGCCAUUAAGGGUUAAAAAGAGUAAUGUACAGUUACGCCGGCAACCAACAAUGGGCAUCGGUAUCGCAGGUGCAGCUCUGUCACCAGCCAAGUCCAUGAAUGAUCUGAGUGGUGAUGGUCAUACCAGGCAGCAAAUCGGGGUGAUGGUUUUAGAGAUGUACCAAGAUCUUUUGUUUGAAGAGGGAAACGGAGUUGGCAAUGUUAAAAAAUUUGCUAGGACAGUUACUAAUAAGUGGUUGCUGUAUCUGCUGGCCGAGAGCGAUCCUAAAGUAGUGAUUAUUGGCGCCAAGAUUCUAGCUCGAUUAUUGGUUGUCCACGGCGGUAGCUACGUCUCGAAAUUCGGAUUAAAAACAGGGGGUUUUGUUGCUAUGCGGAAUAGACUGAAGAGGUGGUGGAAUCUGGCACCUCUAUGGCCCAUAUGCUUUGCCAUAUUUUUUGGGAAGGAUAUAGCCAAGAUUGAUGUCUCGAGGCCACUUGAUUUGUUUGGUCUUGCUGAGAUGUUCUCCGAUGCUGGGAACGCAAAAGUGACAUAUCCUGAGAUGCUACCAGUCAUCGCGGGAAUGCUGAAGGCUGGGCUUGGUACUAUAGUUGCAGAUCAGAGCGAAGGGGGAACCAGAGGGCCGAGUGGUAACAAAAAACCGGAUGAUGAUAAACUGCAAACACCAGGGACCUCUAGAGCGCGUUCAUUAUCGCUCAGUGACAAGCCGCCUCAGCUGGUAUCAAAUAAAACGACGGAGAAACGGAAUGGGGAACUAGCGGGGAUGCUUAAUACGCUUAUACAGUUCUUUGCGCACUUGCAUACGAGUUGCCCAACCUUCCGGGAGUUUUGUGCAACUUCGUCCUUCAUCCAGGAGAUGCUUGGAAUCCUGUUUCCAAUUGUUUGUAGCUCUGACCAUGUCAGCGCAGAAACGGAGCUAAAUUCGAAGGAUUCAGCACUGACAUUCGAUGGCGGAGAUGUAGUGAUUCGACCUUUGGUUUCAAAUGUUGCUCCUCCCAUUGUUCGUACUGUGACUGUUGACGAGCCUCCUAGUCCAACUACACCACGAUCAGAUAGGUUAAGGAGAGGCUCCAGCUUUAUACUUGUGACAUCAGAGCCGACACCCUAUACUCCUUCUUCCGCGCGCCUCUCGCCAGCCAUUGGGACAGGUUUGAGAAAUAGCGGCAGCGUAGUGUCAGGUCCCACUGUUUCCAAUUUGGUUGUAGAAAGCCUUCUUGAGCUUGUUAUGACAGUGUUUUCAGACUUGGUGCUGGAGAGGAGAGAGUUUACAGGGCUUGGACUGAGCACAAAGAUUCCUCCCGGAUUUCAAGAGCACCAGAUUUACUUUGAAACUUAUCUACUUCGGAACACCUUGAAUCAUCUCAACAACCUUUUGGGGUUUGAUAGGAAGAAGCUUUGCGAACCGCGAGCCCUGACUAGCAUUGGGAGAUUUGCGGCCCAUAUGACUGACUGUGUAUACGAAGGGUGGUUCCUAAAUGGGGCUGAAAGCUUGCUCGAUUUCGUUGGGACAAUUUUGGAAUAUUUACAGCGGCCGGAGGUAGCGAAACAGAAGAGCGUUCGUCUGUGUAGCCAAACUAUGGCAAGUCUAAGAGCUAUGGUAUCGCGACUAGUUCUUUUCAGGCUGUCAGAGCUCGAUGAUCCAAAGUCAGAUCCCCAACAAGUGGUUGGCUUUCUCGGAAAGAUGAUGUAUUGGCAAGCGGUCAUUCUUUCUCCGGAAAACACAGAGGGCGAGUUUACGAGGCUUAUAUGCUACCUUUUAUAUACCCGGUUGAUAGACCAGCAACAGGACAUAAAACUCGCCGCUGCCAAUAUGCUGCGGAUUGUUUUAGUACAAAAACCAGCAGAGACUUCGGCAUUAUUAAAUCAAGCCAAGACAAUAGAUCAUAAACAGUUGUCUUCAGGCUUUAAAAAGCUGAUGGAAUUGGACAACGAUACUUGGUUAGACUGGAUUGACGAUCAUCGUGAAGAUCUAGAUGCAUUUUUCUAUGGGGCUCUUUCUAAGGCGUGGGAGUCCUUCGUCGUAGAAGAAAAUAAGAAGACUGCAGAAACUGCGAAGGCUCGAUCUUCAAAGCGCAAGGAAAAGUUGAGGCAGUGGAUUUUGGAUGACAUGAGCAACGAGGAUGUUUAUCGUCGCCACGAGUCCGCCUCUUCGCACUGGAUGGUCAACAUCUAUAACUCAGAACAUCUUAAAUUUCAGAGAGCUACGCAAGAUCAACAGGACAGUUUGGGCUAUGUUAUCUCAUCAUAUUCAAAGCUUGAGACAGAUCUAAUGAGGCCAUGUGGGUUGCUUGACGACGGCCAGGAGACUAGGUGGCGGUUAGACUUGACUGAAGGGAGAAAUCGAAUGCGAAAGCGGAUGUUGCCAGACUCGAGCGCUCAUUUGCACAACUACCAGCCUAAACGGAGACUCACAGGCGGGUUGGGCGGGGGUGCUGGGCCAAGCAAAUCUCAUUCGCUAUCUGUGGAGGACGACGAGAUCAGUAUUAUCACAACCAGGGAGACAGACUCACUGGACCAGUCGCAGCACAACUCGGCGCGCGAUGGAGGUGAAGACGAUUUUGAAGAGGACUACGAAUUAGUGGACGAUCCACGGGAAGACGAUGAUGGCUGGGAAGACAAGAACAGAAAGGUCAUGAGAACCAUCCAGCAUGGUGAUGUGGUUGAGUAUGUUCAAAAUGUCUCUAGGCUGGUCGGAUUGGAUGCAGUGGAAGGGCUCCUCAUCUUGGGGAAAAACUGUCUUUAUCUCAUCGACAACUUCUUCCAACGGUCUGAUGGAGAAAUUGUGAACGUCUGGCAGGCCCCUAAGGACGAAAGGGAUCAGUAUCUGCAAAUGAUUUCCGGAAGAGAGGCAGAGGAUCGAAAACCCGUCUCUGUUAAUAGCGAUCACGAGACUAGGCAUUGGCCAUUUGAGGAUAUGAUCAGCAUUAGUAAACGACGAUUCCUAUUUAGAGACGUAGCUUUGGAGCUGUUUUUCUCGGAUGGCCGGAGUUACCUUUUGACAACUAUGUCUGCCAAAGAUCGAGACUUUUUACACUCUAAGCUCCUAUCAAAGGCCGCCAAUAUUAACAAUAGCCCAGCCUCGCUGCAUGUCGGAGAUGCGUGGCGAAUCGAAGCACUAAAGACUCAGGUUAACGCGACAAACUUUGGAUCCAAGCUUGUUAACGUCUUCACAUCCAACAUUCCUAACCCCGCGACAAGGAAGUGGAUUAAAGGGGAAAUCUCAAACUUUCACUACCUUAUGCUUGUGAAUACCAUGGCAGGGAGAACUUUCAAUGACUUGACCCAGUACCCUGUAUUUCCAUGGGUUCUGGCGGAUUACACCAGCCAGGAGCUGGACCUGACAAACCCGAGAACCUUCCGAGAUUUUUCGAAGCCUAUGGGAGCGCAGACACAGGAUAGACAGCAUGAAUUCCGGGAGCGAUACCGCUCUUUCGAGGAGAUUGGCGACCGGCAAGCUCCUCCCUUCCACUAUGGAACACAUUUCUCAUCGGCUAUGAUUGUUUGCUCGUACCUUAUCAGACUUCAGCCCUUCGUCCAAUCGUACCUGCUCCUACAGGGCGGAUCAUUUGACCACGCGGACAGGCUGUUUUAUUCCAUUGAAAAGGCCUGGGCAUCGGCUUCGAGAGAUAAUAUGACUGAUGUCCGAGAGCUGAUUCCCGAGUUUUUCUUCCUGCCAGAGUUCUUAGUAAACUCUAAUGCAUAUAACUUUGGUAUGAAGCAGGGGACAGAUGAAGCUAUUGACUCGGUCAAACUCCCACCAUGGGCAAAGGGGGACCCCAAAAUAUUCAUUGCAAAACACCGGGAAGCGCUCGAAAGUCCGUACGUGAGUCAACAUCUCCAUGAGUGGAUUGAUCUCGUGUUUGGAUUCAAGCAGCGGGGUGAGGCGGCCGUUGAAGCGACCAAUGUGUUCCAUCACCUCUCGUAUCACGGUGCGAUCGAUUUAGAUAGCAUACAAGACCCCGUGGUGAGACUGGCUACUAUAGGGAUUAUUCAUAACUUUGGUCAAACUCCUCAUCAAGUCUUCACUAGGGCACAUCCAGUGAGAGAGGAGAUAGCCCAUAAGAGUGCGAGGUUAGACGUUGGGGCUGAAUCCUUAAUAAAACUUCCUUUUCCUCUUAUUGAUAAUGGCGAGAGAGUUAGCUCUCUUGUAUACUCGGCUAAGUAUGAGCGGGUAUUCUGCUCAAGUUCCUUUCGGCUCAAUCUCCCCCCCACUUACGAUAAGUACAUGGAGUGGGGGUUUACCGACGGAAGUGUGCGGUUCUAUCAUUCCGAUAGCAAGAAACUAUGCGGCCACCAUGAACAUCUGCAUCAAGGGCAGGUAUCCGCUGCCAUCUUUGCCGACCCCAGGACACUGAUUACUGCUGGGACGGACGGCACGGUUUCUGUGUGGCAAGUCCAAACCACUUCAAGAUCAGUCGAACUUCAACUCAAGACAUGCUUGUUCGGGCAUGUCAAGCCAGUUACCAUCAUGGCAAUAUCAAGAUCUUUCAGCACUCUUGUUAGCGCCUCAAGUGAUAAUACCAUUCUCGUUUGGGAUCUGAAUAGACAGAGGUUCAUAAGACAGCUAAAAAGCGAUACUGCGGUUCAGUGCGUAAGCGUCAAUGAUGUCUCGGGAGAUAUCGCUAUCUGUAAAGGUAACAGCGUGACCAUAUAUACUUUGAACGGCGAGCACAUCCUUACACAGAACAUCUGUGAUUUACCUGAAGACAACGUCUUAUGCUGUGCCUUUUACGAGGGUCUUGGAAAUGAGUGGUUAGAAAGAGAGUUGUUCUUCACAGGACACAGACGCGGAGUAGUCAAUGUGUGGGGAAAAGCCAUCGUGGAUGGGAAAUUCAAGCUUCUGUCCGUCAAUACACUGCAGCAUGUCAACCAAUUCCAAACAGAAAUUCAGGUGUCGGCAGCUAUUUCGGCUAUCCAUCCAAUGCCGCAGGCAGUGUAUACGGGGGAUGAAAAUGGGAAAGUAUACGAGUGGGAUUGUCAAUUAGUUCAACGGAAUCAGUCGCCUGUUCUUGUUCGAUAGACUUACUAUCAUUAACGGGGCGUUACGUUUUAUGAUUUUAUGGGUUCCUACUGACGUUCCUUUUAUUUCUUUUACAUUUUUGCACUCACUUUUUUUUUCCCCCUUUAAAGCCUUGUUCGGCAUGUACCAAUAAAAAUAUAUCGCAAUAAAAGUUGAAAAUGGCAUAUAUGCUAAUAAAAGAAAAA